CGCCCAGGUGUGAAAGUAACCGCGCGCUGCCAGCGGGAUCAUCAGAUACACCUGCAGCACUCGAGGACUCAGACAGCGAUCGGACUUAACGUGUGUUGCUGAACCAGAGGAACAUCAGUCUGAAACACCUCACGACAGAAAGAGAAACUAUAAAUCAAGGCUGUUAAAGAGCAGGUGUGAGGUGCAGAAGUGCAUUGUGGGUAAAAUCUCUCUCUCGUGAAUGAGUUUCACUUGUAUACAAACACAGACGGCAAAGACCGACCGAGCCACUGACGGACUGACAAACGGGAUGCCAGGAAUGACCGAGCAGGAGAACAGAAUGGGAACAGACAACAAACAUAUCUCAGAGCCCAACACGGGCACUUCAAAAUCACACACGGGCACAAGAAUGAGCGUCGCCAUGGAGAACGAGGACAGAAAAUGGACCAAUCUGACGCGAUCCGGAAGCGUGAAAAACCUCAUCUACAAGUUCUCGGGUUCCAGCGGCAAAGGGCAGAACGUGCCCAGUGGGUCGGGGGUCAAAGGUCAAGAGCAGAAGGAGGGCACGAAGAGCGGAGAGACCAGCCGAGCUGACAAACAGAACCUUGAAAGCGAAGUCAGAAAGAGAAACCAGACCGCAGAAGAAUCCAGAAUGCACGAUCAGGAUUACUCCAAAACAAACAGCCCAGACGACGACACGGAGGACAAAUCCAAAGACGAGAAGAUGUCACAGGACAAAUCCCAGCACUACACAGACAGACCGAUUGUGGUGGUUUCUGGUCCGCAUUCUAACUACAACGGCGAUAAGAGGUCAGAAGUUGAACCAGCCAUCCCCAAAAUCCGCCCGAACCCCAAGUAUGAGCUGUUCCUCGGGUCCAAUGGUACCAGCGCCGCCAAUGGUUCGGUGGGAGGUGAGGGUGCUAGUAACCUGCUGAAAAUCAAUCCCAGCAUCCGCGGCUCCAUGGACUCGCUGUCAUCACGAGACUGGGACAGUAUGUCAGACAGAACGGGAGGAUUUGAAAGCCCACCCAGAGUAUUUAACAGUCCGUAUGCAACAAUGUCACUGGACUACAAUCCUCCGAACAGAAUGUCUGACUUCAGGCACACACAGGAUGUGAUGUCAUCUGGCGUCUCAGAGCUCAACCUGUUCAGAAGCGUGAGUCCGGGUCACAGUCCUAUAAUGCCCCAUCGCUCGCGCAUUUCUAACUACGACAGUCUGACGCGCAGACGAGAUGUACAGCCGCCUCCGGGUCAAUUCAUCGCUCGAAACAGUCAGCCGAACAAGCGUGACUUCAUCCAGGAGCUCACCAGGCAGCUGGAGGACUGUCAGAGGAGGAACCAGUUUCUGGAAGCGGAGAGCGUGGUGAUGGAGAAAGAGAGGAAUCAGAUCCGCUUCGAGAUGAGAGGACUGCUGGUGAACAACGAAGAUCUGCUGCGAACAAACACUCAGAUGCAGGGAGAGCUGAACCGCAUGAGAGAGAGAAUCGUGGAGCUGGAGAGCAACAAUAACGUCACGAUCGAGCGUUUCAAACAGAUGGAGAUUGAGCUGAAGGAGGCGCGUGAGGUGAUGCUGGAGGCCAACACACAGGAAUACGCCUUCAACUUCCUUCAACAGUCUCUCAAGAACCGGAUCGACGACACAGAGGAAGCUCUGAAGAAACAAACAGAUCAUUCUCAGCUUCUCUCAGAGAAACUCUGGUUGGCUGAACGUAACCUGGAGGAGCUCGAACUGGAGAAAGAAAACAAAGCCAAGAAAGUUUUAGAGUUCAGCAGCAGUGUGUCCACCCUGGAGACUGAGCUGGCAGACGCUCUUCAGGAGAGUAAUCAGGCCCGAUCAGAACUGAGUCUGCAUGUGAAACUGCGAGCGGAUGCGCAGCUGAGAGUGGAGGAGCUGGAGGAGAGCAUCCUGGAGAAAGAUCAAGAACUCAUGCGUCUCACUCAGAUCGUCAGCAGACUGCAGGGAGAGGUGACGUAUAAGUUGAGCGAUAAGCAGCAGACGCUGGAGGAUGAAAUUCAACUGCGUGAGCGUGCGCAGCUGCAAUGCAAACAGGCCGAGAGAACGGUGGAAGAGCUGCGCAUGGAGCUGCAGACGCUGACUCAGUCCAAAGAUGAGCUCUCCAAACAACUCAAACUAGCACAGGAGAGCAUCAUUGAUCUGGAGGGUGAUCUAGAAGAACAGCAGGAGAACGAGCAGAGAUGGGCAUCCAAACACAAGAGAGCUCUGGAUCAGACGGAACAACUGCAGAUGAAACUCAUUCAGGAGAAAGAUAUGAACGAGCAGCUGGAGUGUGAGAAGGUUAUCCUGGAGAGACAGUUACGUGAUGUGCGCAUGCAGAUGGAGGAACUUCAGAAUAACAGAGUUGAAGUGGAUUCAAUCAAUCGAGCUGAGAUUAAAGCUAGAGAACUGGAGAACAUUCUCCGGACUGAAGAGAGGAGUAAAGUGGUUUUGACAAACACCAUCAGUAAACUGGAGAGAAAGAUUCAAGAGCUGUCGGAUCAGAUGGAGGAAGAUCACAAGAUCUCUACAGAGCAGAAAGACCUGAUGACACAGCGCAUUCGUUCACUGAAGAGACAGCUGAAUGAGGCGGAGGAAGAGACGAGUCGCCGGGAAGCUCAGUACAGACACACACAGAGAGAACUGAAUGAAGAGAGAGAGAGCAACAGCAGACUACAGAGACAACUGCUGGACCAACACCUGCAGACCAAGAGGAACGAGUCGAGACAAACUCUAGAAAAGCUCAAACUUCUGGAUCUGAGUAUAGAUGAGGAGGACGAGCAGACGCAACCAGAACCCUCAGAGAAAAACAUCACACAGGUGUGACACACUCCACAAAACAUGAUGGACCCAAACAAACAAACAAACGUGUACACGAGUCUGGACAUGUGUCUGCUGUCCGCUGCUGCUUCACUCCUCAUCAAGCUUCAAAACAUCCCAAACUAUCAAAACCAGAUCGCAUAAACUCCUUCAGUCCAGACUGCAUCUAAAACCAGAUCAACAUUAAAUCAGGAAAUGACAUGAACUGAGGACAAACUGUUCAGGAUUAUAGGAAUGUUGUGGUUUUUCUAAUACAGUUUAUGGAAAGAAAGAAAGAAAGAAAGAAAGAAAG